AUCAUUUUGGUUCACCGUACUAAUGAAAUAUUUUACCUCCUGUUGUAGUGUUUGCCUAUAACUAUCGAUGUGGGGAUAAACAAUGAGCAGUUGUUGAAGGAUGAAUUCUACAUAGGGCUUAAACAAAUUAAGGAGGACAACCGGGAAGGUCAGUGCUAGAUACCGACCCAAUAGUUGACCAAAGUUUGAAGAAUUAUGUAUUCUCUUCAAUGUUGGUGCAGUAUUGACAGUUUUUCCUACCCCAGGAAUAUUAUGACUUUUUACAUGAAUUCAUGACUGCUGUUAAGCAAAUCAAUGGUGAAAACGUUCUGGUACAGUUUGAAGAUUUUGCAAAUUACAAUGCUUUUGAGCUGCUGGUGAAAUAUCGCACUACUCAUCUAGUCUUCAAUGAUGAUAUACAGGGUACAGCAGCUGUGGAUCUUGUAGGGCUUGUUGUAGCACUAAAGUUACUUGGUGUUUUCCUGGUUUUUUCUGUCGCCUUCCAAGCCAUUAAAUUGGCAGAGACUGGUAUAGCAGAGCUUAUAGCUCUUGAGAUGUCAAAACUGCAUAUUUUCCCUAUGUUUGGCUUUGGCUUGGUCAUCUCUGAUGCGAUUCAUGUCCAUGAUGAAAUGCUUCUUGUAGUGUAUGUCUCCAUUGAAAUAGCGGAAGCUUUGGUUGGUCAAGUAAUGGAUGAGCAUUUAGCUAAGGGCAUGAUUUACCCUCCAUUCACUAAUAUCAAAAAGAUCUCUGCUGUCAUUGCUGCUAAGGUAACUACUAAAGCAUAUGAACUUGGUGUGGCGACACAUCUCCCUCGACCUGAGAAUCUGGUGAAGUAUGCUGAAAGUUGUAUGUACACUCCUACUUACCAAACAUACCGUUGA